AUGCGUGUAUUAUUAUACCUGAAUUUUGGUUCUGUUAUCACGACUGAAAAUGAACAUCCAUUACAAAUACAAGAUAGUACAUCAGAAGAAGAUGAACCAAGGCAACAAAUUGAUUUCCAACCGAUGGAAUCAAAAGCAACUGGUGGUGUGAAAGUUCGUGUCUACUUGGACUACUUUCGAGCUGGCUCCGGAUUAUUUCUUGGAAUUUUUCUUGUUUUUGUUGUAUUUUCAUUGCAACAAGCUACAGCUGUAUUUAGUAAUUGGUGGUUAGCGAGAUGGUCAGAUGCCGAACGUUUUCGUCACUCAACUGCAUCGCUUAAUUGUACUUUUACAAAAGCUGAUCCAAAAAUAAGAACAAUGUCAGAUGCAGAAUGGGAAUUAUAUCGAAACCGAAGAUUUCAUAUUUAUUGUGGUGUAAUGUUUCAAAGAAUAAUUCAUUGUCCAAUCUACUUUUUUGACAAUAUCCCAGUUGGUAGAAUAUUGAGCCGUUUCACGAAAGAUGUUGCUAUUAUGGAUGAAUUAUUACCAAUAAGUCUUUUCGAUUUCUUACAGGUAGAAGCAGGUCUAUAUAAUUCAUUUUUAAGGAGUCAUCAUGAGGCAAAUAAACUAGUAGAAGGAUUUUUGAAUCAUCUGCUUUAUAGUCAUACUUGAACGGAAAUGUUGAAUAGUUUUUAUCGUGAAGUAAAGCAUAAGAGAGAGCGUCAAGAAUCAUCAAAACAUGAUAAAAAAUAGAUUUUUCUGAGACCUAUCUCAUUCGAUUUUCUAUACAAAAUUAGGUAUGUUACGUUGUUUUUAAUGAAAAAAGCCUUAUACUUCCUGAGAAAUUCAGCUUUUUCGAAAUGCUGGAUCAUUCUCUGAUAAAAAGCCGCGAAUUUUGUUUUUCUAAUUAUAGUUUCAACUCGUUACAUCAGACUUUUUUAUUCAAUAUAUCACUUGACAGUGCAUAAAAUACUGAACAAAAUGUAUAAUUCAGCUAUUAUGGACUUUUAAAAUUCAA